AACCCAUUCAGUUACUUCGGUCAUUCAUUUUUAAGACUUACUAUUUCAAAAUAUCCGCUUAUUAUUGAUUAAUUUGACAUCAACAAACCAUCCUCGCGCUGUGCGUAGAGUGAUACAUACAUAUUGCCAACAGCUUGAUCAAUUCCUCUUAUCUCCGUCAUGUCGGACGAUGCGGGGUCUCCACUCCUGCCCGGUGCAGAGCAACGACCAUCAUCGAAGCAUUCUCGACUUUCAGUCACUUCGCGCAAAUCGAGCGACUCACAUGAAUCAUCGCAGCAUGAAUCAUCGCCUUUAUUAGCGCACUCUGAUGAUACUCCUCGAUACGAUGGCGAAGAACCUGAGGAGGAGGAUGAUCGAAUCGUAUCACCAGCUGCGGAGUCUCUGCGUUCGAUUCAUGAUAGAGAAUCUGGCAAAUCUGCAAACGAAGGAUGGCGAUGGCCGACAAUUGUGGCUAUCGCCAUGUUGUUUUUGGCUGCUAUUGCUAUCCUUAUAUCUGCAUUUUUCGCGCCUGCAAUCGUCCAAGAAUAUGCCAAGGAAUCACUUGUUAUCGAGCCUACGAAUCUAUCGAUUGACAGCUUCACCUCUAAUGGGGUGAGAGCUCGAGUACAAGCGAACUUCAAGAUGGAUGCAUCGAAAGUCAGGAAUCAUGCUGUUCGAAACAUUGGACGAUUUGGUACAUGGAUUGCGAAAGAGGUUGAAAGCAAGGAAUCAAGCGUCGAGGUCUAUCUUCCAGAAUAUGAUAAUCUUCUCAUUGGGACCGCCAUUGUUCCCAAGGUGGUGGUCAAUAUUCGUAAUGGUGUUGUCACACCCAUUGAUUUCUUCACCGACCUUACGCCAGGCAGUGUUGAUGGAUUGAGACAAGUAGCCAAUGACUGGUUAGAGGGUCGUUUGGGACAAUUGCGGGUAUUGGGCAAGGCCAAUGUUGCAUUGAAAUCAGGGCUGCUCUCACUUGGAUCACAGAGCAUAUCCGAGUCGAUGAUUUUUGAAGGUCAAUCUCUCUAUCGUUCUUUUGCAUCGCUGUACUUUGGGGAGAAAAGUAUUGGUUGAAGGAAUUCUGUGGCUAGUUUGGGGGAAUACACACAUGAUCUAUAGUUUGAUAGGUGUAUCAAAAUAUUGGCAGCGAGCGCAGUCACUACUUUUUCAGUUCCUCUAAAUGUAAAAUCUAUUACUUUGAAAAUGAGUUGCUAACCCACCCACAGGAAACGAGAUCCCAGCCCUCCCAAAAUAUAAUAUAACCCGUCUCAACUUCAAGGAAGUUCCCCUCUCCAUGGAUGGCCGCCGUGGAAUGGCUGCCGAAGUUUCCUUAUCCUUGGUAAAUAGCUAUCCGAUAAAGCUAAGUAUUCCUCCAUUGGGCUUCGAUAUCCUCGUUUCAAAUUGUGCGGCCGACGAACCAUAUAUUCAGCUCGCCGAUGCGACUACUGGUAAUAUCAUAAUCGAACCGCAUUCAGAUGUUUCACUUGAUGUCGCAGGCAUCGUGCGGGGAUUACCUGAAAGUCUUUUGCAAGUUUGCCCCAAUUCACACUCGUCACCUCUGGAUUUGCUUCUCAGUGAUUAUAUCCAUGGUAAUGACACUACCAUUUUUGUGCGAGGUUCAAACGCACCAUCUCCCGAGACGCCUGAUUGGAUCACUCAAAUUAUCUCCAGCGUCACUGUACCAGUGCCUUUCCCCGGCCAUACAUUUGAUCAACUAAUCAAGAACUUCUCCCUUACGAAUACGGAUUUCAGCCUACCUGGACCUUUUGCGGAGCCUGGAUCACCCGAGUCAAAUCCAAGAAUAUCGGGAGAUAUAAUGGUUUUGGCUGCUUUGCCCAAGGAGAUGAAUUUUAGCCUUGAUGUUUCGAAAGUGCGUGCGACAGCCGAUGUGUUUUACAAAGGAGAUAAGUUAGGUGUGCUUAAUCUACGAAAAUGGCAAAGUGCUCAUUCGGAACGAGUCAAUGGUCGAGGUGAUGCUUCUUUGAAGAUCGAAUCGCAUAUCAAGAAUGCACCACUAGAAAUCACGGACGAGGGCAUUUUCGGCGAUCUUGUGGCCGAUUAUUAUCUUGGGGGCAAGGCUAUCAAUCUUAAGAUUGAGGCUUUGGUUGAAGUUGAAAUAUCUACUGUGCUAGGUGAUUUCAUUAUUAAAGAUUUACCUGCGGAAGGAAAUGUUCCUUUGAAGCGUUAGGAGCCUAUUCAUUUCAGCGCGACAGCACUGAAGCUGACGGGAUUGCAGCGAUCUCCACGGGCGAUGAUUUCCGGAAACUCAACCUCAAGGUUGGCGAUUUACAAAUCACCGACACGGGCCGGACAUCGAUUAACCUCCAAGCGAGCAUCAAUUUCACUAAUCCAACUGAAUACACGGCUCGUAUUCCUUACAUCAACAUCCAUAUUUUAAAUAACGGCUCAGUAAUUGGUGACGCUACGGUCCGCGAUAUAAAUAUUUCGCGAGGCAAUAAUACGAACGUUCUCGUCCAAGCUACUUGGGAUCCCGUGAAAUUUGGUGGUGAAAACGGACGUAAAAUUGGCCGAGAGUUGAUCUCUCAAUACGUCUCCGGUUUCAAUACCACUCUUACUUUCCAAACCCACGAAAAAUCUAUUCCAUACCAACCAAAACUCGGAAAAGCACUAAGCAAAUUCGCAGUCACGAUGCCUACACCUCGAUUAUCAACGCCUGGAGCAGGAAAGGACAAAGAUUCUACAGGCGGAAAACCACAUUUCAUCGACGAUGCAACUUUCCAUCUCUUUUCAUCCACAGCACAGUUUACACUGCUGUCACCUCUACAACAUAGCACAAUAUAUAUUGAGUCUAUCGAUGCUCAGGCAAUUUACAACCACACCGAACCAAUUGGCAAGAUCAUUUAUGACUAUCCUUUCGCAGUGCCCCCUGGGGUAAGCGAAUCGCCUAAAUUACCUGUCGACUGGUCCCUUGAUUCCGUAGGUUAUGAUGCAGUAGAGAGAGCACUAGGCGGCACUUUAAAAUUAGAUGCGAAAGGCACAAUUGGCAUCCGGCUUGGUCAAUGGACGGAGACCAUUUGGUAUUUGGGAUCGGGAAUCGGUGCCCAUGUUAGACUUUGAUGAGCGAAAUGCUCAAAAUUGUAUGAAUUACUUUAUAGAUUGGGAACGGCACAAGCGACUACGGCCAUUAGGCGGGUUUUUGUUUGGCGUUUGGAAACAUUGUUGUUUGUUUUAAUUGAUGUAAAUGAUACACAGAAUUGCAUGCAGAAAUAAAUCUUUUCCUCCA